CUACAGUCAAUGGCCACUCUCACCACCUCGCUACUAUGGAAAACAGAAUGGUCAAUAGGAUAUGCUCUGAUAAAUGGUAAUGAUUGAAGAUGCUGCUUCAAUACCUGUGAAAUCAAUGGGAAAUACUUGCUGCAUGAAGAGCUUUCUGAGCUUUUCGCGACAAGCUCACCUUUAAGGAAUCAGAGUCAUAUUCUACCAUUAUAAGGUCUUUCUCGAGUGGAUAUAAAUACAUUUGUCUCAUUGUAACCAGACAACCAGGCAACUAAUGUGGGACCAUGGCACUGCCCAGGUGCACAUGGCCAACUUAUGUUUGGAGAGCAGUGAUGGCAUGCUUGGUACACAGGGGACUGGGUGCCUCCUUGACUCUCUGUAUGUUGGGAUGUUUGCUUCAGGCUGCCCAUGUGCUCUCACAGAAAUUGGAUGAUGUGGACCCUCUGGUGACUACCAACUUUGGCAAGAUAAGAGGAAUUAAGAAAGAACUCAAUAAUGAAAUUUUGGGGCCUGUUAUUCAGUUUCUCGGGGUUCCGUAUGCAGCCCCACCAACAGGGGAACAUCGUUUCCAACCUCCAGAACCACCAUCUCCCUGGUCAGAUAUCAAGAAUGCCACUCAAUUUGCUCCUGUGUGUCCCCAGAAUAUCAUUGAUGGCAGAUUGCCAGAAGUCAUGCUUCCUAUAUGGUUUACUAAUAACUUGGAUGUGGUUUCAUCAUAUGUACAAGACCAGAGUGAAGACUGCCUGUAUUUAAACAUAUAUGUCCCGACUGAGGAUGGUGAGUUUAUUACAGGAAAAAACAGGGAGAUAUAUUUACACUUUCCUUUUUUAUUCUAA